AUGAAGCUCUUCUUCGCGGCUCUAGCCGCAGUGCUGGUUGUCACCGCUCACGGUGCCGCCAUCCCUGAGGAGGCCCGCACCAGCGACAGCCCUACCAUCAAGGAAGGGCCUCAAGUGGUAGACGGCGUAGGGACCUCAUCCAAGUACAGCGACAACAUUCCAACGUCCGACCUUGAGCCUGGGCCCCUCCGCUUCCGCAAGGGCCCUCAGGUGACUGACGGGACUGGGGCCUCCUUCCAGUCCGGCCGUCUAGCCGUCAAGCUCGCCACGGAGCCCAAAGCCAAGUGCAUCUACGACAUGAACACCUUUGUCGAAUCUAACCUCAAUUGGGGCACGGAUGGCGGUCUCUACGCCGAGAUGAUCCGCAACCGCGCCUUCCAAUCGUCCUCCGAUUCCGUCUUUGGCGUUGGCGCGAAUGACAGCAUCGGCUCUGGCUCGCUCACCGGCUGGCAGCCUAUCGGCAGCUCGAAGCUCGAGCUCGUCGCUGAAAAGCCGCUCUCGGCUGCCCUUCCCAAAUCGGCCAAGAUUACCUGCGAGACCAAGCAGGGCGAAAUGUGCGGCCUGAAGAACCUCGGCUUUUUCGGUCUGCCCGUCGAAGCGGGCGAGACGUACAACGCCAGCUUCUACAUCCGCACCGACAAGCCACGCAAGAUGCGCCUCGAGUACGGACUGUUCAGCACCGACCUCACCCAGACGUGGGGCAAGUCGGACAACAUAGUCGAGGUGGGCAGCGAUUGGACGCCCGUUCACCAGGUACUGACGCCUCUCAAGGGCGCAUCUGAUAUCAACAACGUCUUUGCCAUCCAAACCAAUGCCGACGGUGCCACGUUCCAGAUCAACCUCGUCAGCCUUUUCCCGACCACCUUCGAGGGUACGGUAGUGCGCAAGGAUGUAGCGGAGAAGAUGAUGAAGUUCAAGCCCAAGGCGAUCCGCUGGCCCGGAGGUAACGACCUGGUGGGUCACUCGAUCGCUUCGCGCUUCCAGUGGAACAACACUCUGGGACCGCUGAUGGAUCGUCCUGGUCGUCUGGGUAAUUGGCAGGGCUGGAACACCGACGGUCUCGGUGUGGUCGAGAUGUACCGAUUCAUCGAGAAGAUCGGUGCUCGCCUCAUCGUUGGUCUCUGGGCCGGCGUCGAUGCCAACGGAAACUCUGUGCCGCUCAAGGACCUCGAGCCGUACAUUCAGCAGCAGGUCGACUUUGUUCACUUCCUGCUCGACCGCGAGGGCAAGUGGGCCGAGUUGCGAGUCCAGUCCGGCGGAUCGUCUUCGCCCUACGACGUGCAAGCCUUCCUCAUCGGCAACGAGGGUCAGCUAAAGCCCGCCGUCGACUAUCAAACUCGAUUCGACAUGCUCACCUCGCGCCUCAAGAAGGAGUUCGCCAGCUGCAAGGGCUUUGACGAGAUCGACCUCAUCGCUUCGGCCCCUAUCACCGUCCCGACAGGCUACAAGUACCGCGUCGACCUGCUCAAUCAGCCCAUCUACGGCACGUCCGCCGACUUUGUCGACAAGUACCACAUGUACGACUCGGCCUCGCGCACCAACAACACCCUUUUCUACAGCAUGGAAUUUGCGGUGAUCAACUCGGGCAUGGAGGCGGACGACAACAUCUGGUUUGGCCCCGGACGUCUUCACCACAGCAUCCUGCAAGGCUCGCUCGCCGAGACGAUCUUCAUUUUGGGUAUGGAGAACAACUGCGACAUCGUCCGUGGCGCUGCGUACGCGCCGGAGCUGUCGAAUGAGUCGGACGACCGGGCUAGCGAGUCGACCCCCGGUAUGCUCGAAUUCGACACCACCAAGGUCGUCGGCUCCACCUCGUGGUUGAUGCAGAGCCUGGUCAGCGCCAAUCGUAUCAGUCAGAGUCUGCCCGUGGUCAACAGCAAGGAGCUCGAGACCGCCAAGGUGUACGUCUCUGCCGGUGUCUCGGAGAAGGGCAGCAUCGUGCUCAAGCUUGUCAACUAUAGCGAGAAGAGUGCUGCGCUGGCCAUUGACACUGGUGCUGCUACUGUCAAGGAUCCGGUCUGCAAAGAGGUGGCCGGUAACGGCCCGCUGGACUCGAACACGCUCGAGAAGCAGCCGAUCAAGAUGCAGACCUGCCAGGCACAGACGUCGGGUAGCAGCGUGUCGGUCGAGCUCAAGAAGUGGUCCUUCACCGUGCUCAACAUUCCAGCCGGAAGGGUUGCUUGA